AUGGAAAACCCACGUCCCACAUCUUGUUCAGAGUUUGACAUGCGGAACGCCGUCGGCACAGGUUUGACGGAUCGCCUACUGGACGCCCAUCAGGUUCGCGCCGAUGACGACCACUUCGAGGACAUGUUCUACCAGAAGCGAACGAGGGCCACGGUGAUCAUAGACCCUAGUGAUGCUAUGCUUGGAGUCCGUCCCCAGAGCGGCGGGCGCAUGGGCGACGGUGACGAGCCUGAACUGUUCAUGGAAUGUUUCUAUCCUUUGAUUACCGAGUGGGACCGAGAGCUUGCAGAUAUUAUUGGCGACGGGCUGGCAGCGACCAGUCCUAUCACGGGCAACUCGUGCCGCGUAGACAUGGGUGCAUUCCUAUACGACAUCAUUCGCAUCUUGACGCAUUGCGGCAAGCCCUCGCCAUUGACUGCAUGGAUGAAUUUCUGUUCAACGCCAAACUGCAAAAAAGGCGGCCAUGGACAGAACGUCGAUAAGCAGGAGGCCGUAGUCAGAUUAUCCACGAUUCCAGCCGCAAAGAAGGCGGAGUAG